AUGGUCUUCAAGUUUGUAAUUGUUCUCGCCUUCGUUGCUGCCGCCAGUGCCGCUGUUGUUGUUCCAGCUGGUCCCGUUUUGGCCAAGGCUGUCGAACUUGAGGAAUACGAUCCCCAUCCCCAAUACAAAUUCGGCUAUAAUGUACAAGAUGGUCUCUCGGGUGAUUCCAAGGGCCAUGUGGAGGAACGUGAUGGUGAUGUUGUUCGUGGUGAAUACACUUUGGUCGAUGCUGAUGGCUUGAAACGUACCGUUACCUACACUGCUGACCCCAUUAAUGGCUUCAAUGCUGUUGUUCGUCGUGAACCCAUUGCUGUUGCCGCUCCCGUUGUUGCUGCUGCUCCUGUCGUAAAGGCUACUCCAGUUGUUGCUGCUGCCCCUGCCCCAGUCGUAAAGGCCGCUCCAGUUGUUGCUGCCGCUCCAGCCCCUGUUCUUGCUGCCCCUUAUGUAGCUCCAGCUGCCUAUGUCAGACAUUUGUAG